AUGACUUCAACCUUCAAAAGAUCUUUUCCCAUCACUCACAUAACUACCGCCUCGGCCAUAUUGCAUAUAGAUGGCAUCAACUUCCUCACAGAUCCCGUCUUCUCUCCGGCGGGCACAGAGUGGGAUAUGGGCCUAACCGUGCUCAAAAACACAAAAGGCCCGGCCACACAACUCGAAGACAUCCCCGUCAUUGACGCCGUGCUUCUACCUUAA